AUGCUCGACGUCUCCAAGAAGCUCGACAUCGUCGUUGUCGGCGGCUCUUUAGCCGGGCUCAUGACGUCAAUCCCCUUGAAGCGUCUUGGGCACCGAGUCACGAUUCUCGAACGCUCACCGGACCCGUUGCUGCAUGACCAAGGUGCAGGCGUCGUCGCGGGCGGAGAGACCCAGGCGUUCUACCACAGGCAUGACCUGUCGAAAAGGCCCAUCGCCGUAACGUCACAGGCACGCCUCUAUCUCGACCGCGCUGGAAACAUCAUCGAUCGCGAAGACUAUCAACAGCGGAUGACCAGCUGGGAUCUGCUCUAUUACCUUGGCCGAGCCAACUUUGAUGGCGUCGAGAGUGACUAUCUGGAACAGGCACCCCGUUCUUCAGAGGGGGACGGGAGAGUAAGUUACGAAUAUGGUCGACUUGUGACACAGGUCCGCGACGCCGGUGAUCAAGUAGAGGUCACAUACAAAAGUACGAGAAGGAGUGACAGCGGAGAUGAUGAUGGCGCUGGUGGUGGUGGUGGUGGUGGUGGCAAGCCAAAGACCAUAACGGCGGACUUCUUGAUCGCGGCGGAUGGCCCUUCCUCACGCCUACGAGGGAUGCUAUUGGGUGAUCAAGCGGCAAAUAGGACAUAUGCUGGCUAUGUAGCCUUUCGAGGCACGGUGCCAGAGACGGAGCUAUCUGAAUCAGCGGCGGCCGUCUUUGUCGAAAGGUUUACCUUCUUCCAUGCCGAAGGGACACAGGUUCUUUCGUACGCCAUUCCAGGCAAGGCUGGGAAUCUCGCCAAGGGGCAUCGCCUGGUGAAUUGGGUCUGGUACUGGAACGUCGACAAGGAUUCUGAAGAGUAUAAGGAGCUCAUGACUGAUACCGAUGGAAAUCUGCAUCACUAUACCCUACCGACUGGAGGGAAAAUGCAGCGGCAUGUAUGGGACAGGCAGGUUGCUCGGGCCCAGAAAAUUCUCGCACCGCAGUUUGCCGAAAUUAUCGCUGAUACGAAGAUGCCAUUUGUGCAGGCAAUAACUGACGUCGAGCCACCGGCAAGGGGAACGAAGGUGGGAAGGCUUCUGGAUGGCAAGGCACUUCUGGUUGGAGACGCCCUUGCUGGCUUUCGACCACAUACUGCAGCGAGUACAAGUCAAGCUGCGUUCCACGCCUUGAUGCUCGAGAAGGUGUUCAGAGGUGAGAUCGACUGGGACGAAUACGAAGAACAGGUGCUCAACUUCGCAUGGAGCUGGCAGCGCAGAGGAGUGAUGUUGGGAACCAGGAGCCAAUUUGGUCAUCAUCCUCUAGCUUCGUGA